AUGUCGGUGGAGUCGGGGGUCCGCGGGCAUCCCCGGCCGGCGUCUGUUUUCCCCACCGCCGUGGCUGUGUGGCUUCUGCUGGGGAGCAGCCCUGGCCCUGGAUCCGCUUCCUGCCACCACCGCGUGCCCAGCGCCGAGGAGGUUAUCUACAAAGUUUAUCUCAAGCAGAAUCAUAUUAUGAAGAGAAGCGUUGAUGGACAACUGAGAAUUAAGACUGAAUAUGAUGGAAGUGUUGAGGAGCUGCUUCCUGAAAAAAGGCACCUUAUAAAGCAUAAGCUUUUCCCACAAGCUAUUUCUUAUUUGGAAAAGACAUUUCAAGUUCGGAAGCCUACUGGUACUAUCUUACUGAGCAGACAGUGUGUAACAAACCAAUACAUAAGGAAGAAAGAUGAUCCACACAGAUACUGUCGUGGAGCCUGUGCAGAGUUUACAAGGUGCGGUCCGGUCAUAGUUCCUGAAAAGCACCUGCAGCAAUGUAGGGUAUGUCGUGAAAAUGAAUGGCUUUGUGGACCUACUGGUUUACCAGACCAAGAAGGGGUUCAAGAUGCUGACUUCAUACUAUAUGUCAGUGCUCUGACCACCGAAAGAUGUGGCCAAGAAAAUAUUAUCGCAUAUGCAGCAUACUGCCAACUGGAAGCAAAUAUGGACAGACCAAUUGCAGGGUAUGCCAAUCUCUGUCCAAAUAUGAUUUCAACCCAGCCACAGGAGUUUGUUGGGAUGCUGUCUACAGUAAAACAUGAAAUUAUUCAUGCAUUGGGUUUUUCUGCUGGUCUGUUUGCUUUUUAUCAUGAUAAUGAUGGAAAUCCUUUGACUGCCAGAUAUGCAGAGGGAGUACCAGCCUUCAAUGAAAGCCUUGGCUUGUAUCAGUGGAGCAAUAAAGUUGUGCGUAAUGCCGUAAGAUUAUGGGAUGUACGGGGCAAUAAGAUUCUACGUCAUAAUAUAUUUCUUCUGAUAACUCCUAAAGUAGUUGAAGAAGCCCGAAAACAUUUUGACUGCCCCAUUCUAGAGGGAAUGGAACUUGAAAAUCAAGGCGGCAUGGGCACUGAGCUCAAUCAUUGGGAGAAACGAUUGCUGGAGAAUGAAGCCAUGACUGGAUCCCACACUCAGAACAGGGUGUUCUCCCGAAUCACUUUGGCCUUAAUGGAAGACACUGGCUGGUAUAAAGCCAACUACAGCAUGGCAGAAAAACUAGACUGGGGCCAAGGUAAAGGCUGUGACUUCGUGAUGAAGAGUUGUAAGUUUUGGAUUGACCAAAAGCGGAAAAAGAAAGAAGAGGUGGCCCCAUAUUGUGACACACUGCGGAGUAAUCCAUUGCAGCUAACCUGCAGGCAGGACAAAAGGGCGGUAGCAGUGUGCAACUUACAGAAGUUCCCGCAGGAGCUGCCUCAAGAAUAUCAGUACUUUGACAGCCUGGAUGGAGUAAUGCCAGAAGAGUUGCCUUAUUUUGGGGGUUCAGUAGAAAUUGCUGACUACUGUCCUUUCAGCCAAGAAUUCAGUUGGCAUUUGAGUGGUGAAUUUCAGCGCAGUUCCGAUUGCAGAAUAUUUGAAAACCAACCAGACCCUUUCAAAAACUAUGGAGCAGAGAAGUAUGGACCAGAUUCCGUGUGUCUUAUUCAGAAGUCAGCAUUUGUUAUGGAACAGUGCAGAAAGAAACUUAGUUACCCUGAUUGGGGUAGUGGAUGCUAUCAGGUUUCUUGUUCUCCCCAAGGGCUGACUGUUUGGGUUAAGGACGUAGCAUACGUAUGCAGUCGUUCAGGUCAAGUGCUGACUGUGAAUAUUCAGAUGAAUGGAUGGGCACACAUUGGAAAUCUGAUUUGCCCAGCUUGUACAGACUUCUGUGACUUCUGUCCGCCUGAGAAAGACCCUUCUCCCGUUGUUAACUUAUCAAGAAUUGCACCUAUUGAUCUGUGCUCCUGUUCUCCCAGCCUGGUAGUAACCCUAUGGCUAUUGAUGGCAAACUUACUUCCACUCCUGGCAGGGUUUCUUCUGUGUGCGUGGAGUUAACCUGUGCUCCCAAGUUGCCGUACAGUCACGUUGCAUUCCUAGAAUGCACUGCAACAGCGCAGCAUAUCUCAAAGGCUGCGGUCUAGAAGAGAGAUCUCCUCUCCAUCUACCUCAUGGCAAGUAGUGCAGCUGGGGUGUGCUGGUCAACAGCCUCUCGGCUAAGAAAGAGGCAAAGUUUUAAAGUGUCAUCUCAAGUGCCAGGCAUAAUUUAAAGUUUUAUUUUCUCACUGCUAACUAAUUUGGGGAAACAAAUUUACCAGGUGAAUUGCCUUUCUGCUGCCACUGGUUUUGGAACAUUCUUUACAUCGAAUCCUCUGAGACUUUAGCAGGAUCUUCGUAGAAUCCUUAGACAGAGAUAUACCUCAGAGUUGCUUUUAGUCAAAAGCCAUGUAAAAAUCAGUUGCCAUGAUUGCUAAGAUUCAUAAGAGUUUAUGGAGUCUCGCAGUUCUAUCCAAAAAGAACUGAACUACGGU